UCUAAACACUGAGCACAUCAAGCAUCAAGCACUAAACUAUAUUUAAACAAAAUCCAAAAAAACGUUAAGUGGAUACAAAAGUAGUGUAAAUCUGACGCAUCGUGAACUGACAAAAAAAAAACUGCCGAGCGAAGCAGCGAAGGUGCCGUUCGAGCCAAAGGUCAAAGGAAGAAAAAAAGGAAGCGACGAGUGCAGAAGUCAAAUCGGAGAGGUCGAGUGAUGGAAAAAUGAGGAAGGUUAGAGAGAUGCGUGAAAAGAAGUCAUGUAAGAAAGAAAAGAACACCGAAGGAAAUGUGCUUUGGUAAGCGAAAAAAUCAGGAGGGCAAAUUCUGUGAUGAAGGAGGUGAAAAAACGCUGGUAUUUAGAGACGUGUUUUUGAUUUAAAAAAAAGACGCUGACAAGGCGACUUUUACAUGAGACGUUUUUAAAAUAUGUAAAAGAUAUAAAGGUUAUCUUUAUCUUUAUAAAUAUCUUUCGGUUAUUGAACUGUUAAAAGAAUGUUUUAUUUGAUCCAGGUCUUGGCUCCACCCCUGCCUUGUGAUUGGUUGUUUCCCUCACAUGUUCUUAUUGAAUACACCAGUAAAUAGUUUGUAAAACCCCAGUGUUCAGAUCUCAUUGUUCCCUUUAUGAUUUUGGAUCAUGGUUUUGAUUAAUUUGCUUUCUUUGUGCUUUUCUCAAAUCCUCCUUUAAUUUCAAUAUAAUCCGAUUAAUAAUCAAAUAUAAGAUUAAAAAUACGAUUUUUGUUCUACUUGUGAAAUGUAAAGCUGGAAGAAAUGUCCACAUUGAUUCCUAGAAGUGCAGGUCCUGCAGUACAGGUGGAGGCGGAGGUGAAGAAGAUGGACAUGGCUCCUUAUGCGGUAGACUUUAACUUCUCAGAGUGUCGAGAUGAAAUGCUGAAGGCUGUUACUGAAACGGGCGGCCUGCUGCAGAAGGAACUCGAUGCUGAUAAAGAGUUUAAGACGUUGUGGAGUAAAAAUGACAGCGUGUGCCAGAAGAGCGUUCCCGGUGGAACGCCGGAUCACGUGCGUGCUCUACACGUGUACGCAAAUUCGAAAAAUUCAUUCAGAAAAAGGUUCAAUAAUUUGGUUCAGAUAAAAGGCGCGAACGUCACAACCUACAAGAUUGGAUUUCACUUCAAGUCUCUUUACUUUUUCCUGAUGGACUCCAUGCGACUGCUGAAGCACACCAACAGCUGUAGGAAUGUGUACUACGCCACCAAGGACAUGUACACGGCAGAUGAAAAGGCAGAGGUCCGAUUCGGAAGGUUCAUGCAAGCCGUAAAUUCAAAGAGCUCUCAAAUUGAAACAAUUGAUACAGAAGAAGGUGGCACCUUGUUUUCCAUCAAUUCCUGUUUUGUGUUUAAUGUUGAAGAGAACACGUGUAAAUCUGACGAAAUGCAGAAUAUUAUUUCUCCAGUGGAGGUCUUCAGAGUGCAGAGCGUUAAAGAUGAAGCCACCGAUGAUAAUACCAAGUAUAAAGAAAUCACUCUACAGCACUCACGCUUUCUCAGCAAUGCGAGCUGUCCUUUCCUCCAAAGGUCAGGUCAUUCUUCAGCUGGUUCUUCUGCUCCAUUACUGACCCUCAAGACUCUGGUGGCAGUGAUGUUCCUCACUAUGGCCAGUCUUCAGUUCAUGUCUCUGCUCUAGAAGUCGAGUCUGAAAAAAAUAAACAUUUUAUUUAG